CCUCCCAGAGCUCCCAGCUAGGGCUGGGCGGGGGGCAUGGCCCAUCUAAUUCUGACACUCACUGACAAGGAAGAAAGGAGACAGUCGGGGACAGCAGACACAGGGUGCUGAGUGACCACUCAUACUGCCAGCAUACAGAGAGGGAGAGCCUGGGAGAGUACUGGCUGCACUGAGGAUUAGACAGCCUUAUUAACCUUGUGCAGAGGGCGAGGCUCAGUGUCUCCCUCCUCCCCCCCACCUCCCCCCGGCUGGCGGUGCCCUGCCCGACUGGAGAGAUCACUCAGCUCCCCCACGUCACAGCUUAACUUCCAGGAGAAGGACUGACUGCCACAUGGAGCCAGAUAUGGACUGGGAUAGGAUCUGACAUCACCAGCUUCAGAGGGACUGAAGAACAUGGCAAGGAGUGUGGGUGACUUUUGGAGAGGGCUAGAUGGACUGAUCAGCCUGGGAGAAGAUGGGGGUGUAGAAUAACUACAGGCCCCCAGGGGCCCCAUACAUCCAUCACUGAAACAGGCUGAAUUGCAGAUUAAGGUGAUUGAGGCGAAGAGUGAAGAGAGAUGGCAGAUCAGAGCCAAAUUCAGUCAUCUGCUUCCAAAAGCAUCCGGCCAUUCCGCUCCAGCGAGGAAUACCUGGAGGCCAUGAAAGAAGAUCUCACUGACUGGCUCAACAUGUUGUAUGACCUUGACAUGGCGCCUUCCACCUUCAUGGAGGCUCUAGAGACAGGCUACACUCUGUGCCAACAUGCUAACAACCUCAACCGCUUGGCACAAGAGUUCCGAGAACAGUACGUUGAAGCUGCUAAAAACAUGAGGCUCCCACGAAAAGAUGUGACAUUCCAGGUGAAAGGGGCACUUCCUGGUUCAUUCCUGGCCAGGGAUAAUGUGUCCAACUUCAUUAGCUGGUGUCGGCAGGAGCUUGGAAUACCAGAGGUGCUGAUGUUCGAGACAAAUGAUCUGGUGCUAAGGAAGGGAGAAAAGAGCUUUAUCUUGUGUUUACUGGAGGUAGCCCGAAGAGGUGCACGUUUUGGAAUGCCUGCACCAACGCUUAUCCAGAUGGAAGAGGAGAUUGAAGAAGAACUGAAUCGUGGGAGAAGAAGUACUGAGCAAAGAGGGUAUCCCCCAGUCAAAAUGCCUGCCCGGCCUCCCCGCACACUGUGUGAUCUCAAGAACCUUGAUGAGUUGGUCCGUGAAAUAUUAGGCUGCUGCCGAUGUCCAUCUCAAUUUCCAAUGAUAAAAAUCUCAGAGGGCAAAUAUCAGGUUGGAGACAGUAAUGCCCUCAUUUUUGUACGGGUUCUGCGCAGUCAUGUCAUGGUGCGAGUUGGGGGUGGCUGGGACACAUUAGAGCAUUAUUUGGACAAGCAUGAUCCUUGCAGAUGUCAGGCUGUAUCACAUCGCGUACAGACAUCACGUCCCGUAAACUUCUCUCCUCAGCGUGGAUCCAGUGUUACUCCACAGCCCAUCUCCAGCCCUUCUCAGGUGCGAAGAUCUGAUGCAACAUCUAGAAACAUUCAACAGCCACAGUCCCAGGGAAAAUCGAAUCGUUUUACUCCUGCACCUACACCACAACGGCACAAUAUGCCCCGGAAUUCACUUCCAAACAGAGAGCGACCUGGAGCACAAAAUAUCAACUCAUUCAGGCCUCCUCGCUUACGCCGCUACUCUGGUGAUAGUGAUUCUUCUGCCUCCUCUGUUCAGAGUGCCCCUGGAGGAAGAAAGUCGGUAGAGAACAUGAGACUUGGACCUCGUGCUUCUGUAACACGCAGCCAGUCCCAGGACCGGGGCCCUCUUCCCUGCAGAACACAGGCUUCCCAGUCUCCGCUUACUGAUCGUGGCAGAACACACGGCUCUUCCUCAGGUGGUCCUCAAAAUCGUAGGGCCCGUAGUCAGGGUCCCCCUAGUAACAAGAAGACAGUUCUUCUCAUAACACGAGACAAAGAGGGCCAGCACUCUUGGACAUCUGCAACCACUUCCAAGCCCCCUAAUCCUCGCACCCAAACAGAACCUCACCAAACACACACUCGCAGGCAACUAAAUUACACACCUGAACCUUUGGAUGUGCGCCAAGAGCAGCAAAUUUAUCGUAAUCUUGAAAAGGAAUUCCUGGAAAAUACACGUCUUUUGAGAACUGCCGAGUCAUUUGGGCCUCAACACGGAGCUGGUAUUCUUGUGAGUCCUCCUUCAUCUGAGCCAGCUGCAGUAGACUCUGCAUACUGCUCCUCCAGCUCUUCAUCCUCCUCACUCAACUUCUACAUCACAGGUGGGGGUGGUGGAGGAUGCAGGGAGCAAAUAGGUGAUGGAAACCCAGUAACAUUGCCUACAUCAGCCUGGAGGCGGCUUCCAGCAUUAUCCAGUUCUUCAGAUGACAGCUCCUGUCCGCCUGCUCCAGAGGAACUGCAGGAACUGGCUGAGAACGAAGAUGAGAAUGAAGAUUCUUAUGACUCCCCUGAUCUUGAUACUGAAACUGGAGGAGUUGUUCUGAGACCCAAGAAAAGUCAAAAGCGCCCAGACAGAGUACCUUCCAUUUAUAAACUGAAGCUGCGUCCUAAAAUACGUCCUCGAACUGACAUACAGCCAGAUAAAUUACCUACCCGCAUCCCUACCCCACUUAAUUAUAGAACUGCUGGCUCGCCUCCUAAAGCUAACCCCAACCGGCGCACAUGGAGAGCUAAACAAGCUGUCUUCUUCUCUGAUUCAGGAGUACAGGCAGAGCAUCCCUGCGGAUGAAGCAGUAUCGAGGAUUACGGGAGACUUGAUAAUGAGAAUUAAUAUUCAUUUCUCAGCUCCGAACCCCCAUUAUUUGCCAGAGUCUCAGAAUAUACUUUUUAAGCUCUGAAAUCCAUCUUUCGUGACAAAGGGGAUUAAGAGUGGAUGACUUUUGAAAAAGCUAUGCAGAAUCCUUGAAUUAUAACUCUACACUCAGGGCAUGAAUCCUAAGCUAUAUGGGAGCACGAAGAGGCACGCAUGCUCAUUCCGUAGUGCAGCAUGAUGACACUGUUAAAGAAGUAAAUCAUCCUAGAACAUAGUAUGGUGUUCAUGUCACUACUAAUUAAAAUGCCAUACUAUUUAAUCAGGGGAUUAUUAACUACAGAAAUUCACUACACAAUUUAGUAUGUCAGUUUUUUUUAUGUGCUUCCAUCUAACAGUUAUUCUAGUCCUUUUACAUUUAUUUAGUCUUUGUUUUUGACAAUCCAUGUAUUGGAUUUAAAUAUUUCAAAGUGAAUGUUGAGAAAAGUCCAGUAUCACUACAUGAUAAUCCAGCCAUCACAAAUGAUUGAAAAUCAAUAAUGAUCUUUGUUUAUUUUUGUUUUUACCAGAAAAAAAAUUGAUGGCUCAUAAAGAUAGUGUGGAAUGUUCUUGCAAAUGUAGAAAUGUACAGUGCACAGGAUAAGUAUUUUAUCCAAAAUCCGGAUACGUUCCCUAACUGAAAAAGAUGUAACUAACCACCACUACGUGGUGAAUAUCAUUUCAUUUCUUGUUGCUGUACCAAAGAGCCAAAUGCAUUGCUAAGGCAGUUGUCAAUAAUAAUUAACAGGUAAGAUGCUUGACUUGGCCUUUGCUACACCAUAUUUAAAAUAUGCAAGCCUUUUAUAACAUUCCAGUACCGUGAUGUGUAGCUGCCUUACACUAACUGGGUUAUCAGUGUGAUAGUUUGUGUUGACCUGUAUGAAAGACUGCUCACCUAGCUUUAUCUGUAGUGUUAAUCUUGUCUUGAUGAUGACCACGACGUGCUACAAAAUUAGACAAGUGUUUCGGUUCUGUUGUCAUAUUGCUUUAUUUUUAAAGGCAGUACAAAUAUCCAUAGUACAGAAUAAAUGAGCCAUGGAAAAAAACAAAGGGUAAUAAAGGUGGAGCCCUUGGCAAGAACAGCAUAUAUAAAGACAAACGAGAAAUUCACUUUAGUAAUUCUAGAUAGGAUAAAAGCAUUACAUCAGUCGAUUUUCCAUUUAUUGCCUUUUUCAAAAUGCUUUCUAUAAAUAAGAUAAUAGGAAGAACUUCACUUGUUAGUAGAGUGAAUAUAUGGAAAAUAUAAAUCAGAUCCGUUUUAAUGAUGUAUUGGAAUAGGAGAUGUUUUUGCUGAGAGACAGCAGAAGGAAGUAUUUGAGAGUUAAGUGACACAGGAAAGGGGUUAUUGAACGGACUGUAUGGAUCGGAACCUGGAUUUACUGGGAGAUGUUAUUUAGAGCAAUAGAAAGAUUUGUCGGAAGGAUUUUGUUGGCACACUUGCAGGAUUUAUUUGGAAACAUUAUAUGGAGGAAUCUUUGAAGCAAUAGGAGGAACUAAUGGGAGAGGUAACAUGGAGCUGUAAGAGCAAUUAUAUGGUAAGGUAUUACAGAGCAAUAAGGAGGAAUUAUUUGGUACGGUUACAUGGGCAAUAGGAGGAGUUAUUGAGAAAAGGUGUUAUGGAACAAUAGAAGAUAUUAGGAGAGGUUAUUUGGAUUGAUAGUUAGAGAAGAAUGAAUGGAGCAAUAUGGUAAUUGCAGAGGGAGGUUAUACGAGAAACGGUUGUGUUAGAACGUAUGGAUGGAGAAAUAGAAUGAUUUAUAGGGAGAAGUCUUGAUGAAGAUCAUUAUGAAUUAUUAUAGGAAAAAACAUGGUGAAUUAGUAGGUACAGAUUGUAUAGAACAGGAUGGGGGACUUUAUAGCAAGUAUAUGUAAUACUGAGCAAUAGUUCUAUAAAAGAACAGACAUUUUACAAUAACAAUCAUCUGUAAAAUAUUGAUUGGUGCGGGAGUGGUAAUACAGUUAUAACUUGCAUGUCUGUUAAUGCAGUGGUGAUCUGACUUAAUUUAUAGUUUAUUUAUAAUUAAAGUUAGCGAUAGACGGAUGACUGCAUGUCAAUCUGGCCAGCCUUAUUGCCAGUCUGGACUCCACUCAGGCAGUAUGCUUCUGGUAUUGCUGGCCCAUGAGAGCCUAAUCAACGGGAGAUGACAGGUCAUAGACUGCCAAGGAACCUAUUAAAGACUGUCCCCAGGUGUUUGACAUGUAGAAUAGAACACUGGGAACUGCGAAAGUCCGCGUCUCAGAGUACUUAUCUGCUACAGACUGUAUAUUUUUAUAUUUUCAAGCAAUCUUGAUUAACAAAUCCUGUGUUUCCUGGUUGCUUGUUUAAGAGUAAAGUUCUAUUUAUUGAGACAGGAUAAAAUCUGUUGUUUACAGAGUGGGUGGGAGUGCAGGAUGAUUAAAUGUUUGUGAGUCAAAAAUAAUUGUUUUAUGGUUCCUCUUAAGAGCCUGGACAUGAGACAUAUUCUAAUUAUUGUGGGCAAUGGGGAAAUCAGAUAGUCUGUUUUAUUUUUAGACAUAUUGCAUGCUACACAUAUUAUAAAAAAAAAAUAACUUCUGUAAUACAUGGUAGCAUUGACUGCACAGGUCUAACUACAGGUCCAACUACUGUCAUCCCUCUUAGCUUUGCCCUGCAGAAACAUUACUGAGCUUUGCAUUUCAUGGGAAAGUUCUACAGAGGGAGAGAGGUGUGUAAGUAGAUUGAAAGUGUUUGUGGUUGUUUACAUGUUCUUGGACGUUUCUGUGCACACUGAAAGUAUUUGCUGACCUGUGUAUAUGUGUAUACAGAAAUGGGUUUGGGUUUCAUGCGUAUAUGUGUUAAGUAGAGAGGUCUGCUUAAACAUGACAAGUAUAAAUGUGUGUAAUUUUUUUUUUUGUUGCUGCUGAUUAAACUAAUUUCAAAAUUCUGA